CCAAUCUAUCCCCAUUUCCCAGACCACCCAAACCCACACAACCCACUCGGCGGUGGCGACGGCGGCGGCGGCGGAGCACGCGAAGAUGGUGAAGUUCCUGAAGCCCGGCAAGGCGGUGAUCCUUCUCCAGGGUCGGUUCGCCGGCCGGAAGGCGGUCAUUGUGCGCGUUUUCGAGGAGGGCACGCGCGACCGCCCCUACGGCCACUGCCUCGUCGCCGGCCUAGCCAAGUACCCCAAGAAGGUGAUCCGUAAGGACUCGGCCAAGAAGACGGCGAAGAAGUCGCGCGUGAAGUGCUUCCUGAAGCUGGUCAACUUCACCCACAUCAUGCCCACCCGCUACACCCUGGAUGUCGACUUCAAGGACGUGGCCUCCGGCGGGCCCGACGCCCUCGCCACCCGCGACAAGAAGGUCGCCUCCUGCAAGGCCGCCAAGGCACGUCUCGAGGAGAGGUUCAAGACCGGCAAGAACAGGUGGUUCUUCACCAAGCUCCGCUUCUAGGAGCAGAUCGUCUUUACAAUACUAGUAUUCCUUGUUCUUGCAAUCAAUAGCACACUGAGCUAUCUCUAUCACUGUUUUUGUAUUGUCCAUGAGGAUUUUGUGGUUAGUAUGGAUCUCGGAGAGAGUUUAAUUAAGGCAUGAUGAUGAUGAUGAUGUUCCAUGUGUUAAAUCAUGCUAAAGAAUGCACAUGGUUGCAAUUUUGUUGGAACUUA